GAUUGUCGUCUUCGUCUUCUUUUUCUUCACUGUAUUUGUGUAUAUAAAUAUAAAAAUAUAUUAUAAGACUUCAACCAUCUUCUCUUCUCCGUCUUCGUCUUCCCGUUUCUCUCUCGAUCCUCUCCUGUCUCCAGCUAUCGCGAAGAGGCAGGCAAGGUCUGCUAUUUGAGAGAGAGAGAGAGAAAGAGAGGGCGAGAGAGGGACAGACACAGAUAGACGCAGAGAGAGAAGGAGAGAGAAGACGAAGUGCUAGCUGGUCUCAGCUUCACACUCAGGUUCUUUUCCACGGUUCAGUACAAAUGCCCGCUUUAAAAAUGAAGACUAAACCAGUACCAAGUUGUGGUAAUGAAGGGACUCUUCUGAGUGUAUGUCGAGAAUCCAGCAAGAUAUGCAAAAGGAAGCACUCUGUGGCUUCAGAAUCUCACGAAACCAUUUUGGAGACGUCCAAAGCCUGUCAAAGUGCAGGAUGUUGUGAAGUUGAAGAGGUGGCAAAGGAAAGUGCCCUUGAUGAACCUUCUUUUGAAACAUGUACUGGCAGGGAUGACCUUGCCUUUCAAGAACGGUUAUUGCUGGAUAGAGAUCUGACCUCAACCAAAAUGAUGGAAUCUUCACUUCCCAUGCAUUUGGAGACAUCUUCUUCAGAGUCUCUUGGUGCAACCUGCAAAUCUGAUGCUUCCAGCAGUACAGGGCGUCCGGAAGUCCCUUCUGAGGCACAAGUGCCGACAGAUAACUGUGAUGGCCAGAGCUACGAUUCUUCUACUCGGUCCUCACAUGAGUUCGGUCAAAGCAUCUCUGACAUGGCUAUUACUGCUCUACCAAGUGAUGAGGCUACUGGAUUGGAUGAUAUUAUAAGAAUUAGCUUCUUCCAGGAAUUUGAAUGCGCUGAACCUGAUUUGAUAUUGGAUGUGACUGAGAGCUGUAUUCUACUGUCCUCUAUUGACGAGCAAGUAAAUACACCUGCUUUUCAAGACAGAGGUUCUGGCGGAGAGCUUUUGACCAAUUCGGACAAUUCAUGGUUCCAUCUAGUCACCCAUCAGGCAAAACCCUCUAAUCAAGCAGGGCUCAGUUCAGGGUCUCUCGAGUCAGAUGAAACAGAAUCUUUUGAUGCACACUUGUUUAUCAGAAACUUUUUGGACCUCUCCGACCUUGAAACCAGUUCACUGCCAGCAUUGUUGCCAAAAGAAACAUGCAAGCAGAAGCGUGUCACCUUGGUUCUUGAUCUAGAUGAAACUCUCAUCCACUCUACCAUAGAACCUUGCGAAGAUGCCGAUUUCACGUUCAAAGUGUUCUUCAACAUGGUAGAGCACACAGUUUAUGUAAGGAAAAGGCCAUUCCUGAAGAAUUUCUUGGAAAGGGUAUCGGAGAUGUUUGAAAUAGUCAUAUUUACAGCUAGCGAGAGUGUUUAUGCUGGUCAGCUGCUGGAUAUGUUGGAUCCUGAGAGGAAGUUUUUUUCUCGACGCGUAUAUCGUGAUUCCUGCAUAAUCAUCAACGGUAACUACACCAAGGAUCUGACAAUUCUAGGAGUCGACCUCGCGAAAUGUGCCAUAGUUGACAACUGCCCCCAGGUCUUCCAGUUGCAAGUGAAUAACGGGAUUCCAAUUCCGAGCUGGUUCGAUGAUCCUUCAGACCGUGCCCUCAUGUCACUGCUCCCCUUCUUGGAAAGCCUAGCAGAUGCUGAAGAUGUUCGCCCCAUUAUCGCAAAGAAGUUUGGUGUCAAGGGGGAGCAGCCGCCUCUGCAAUUGUGAACUCUUUUCGGACGCUCUCUCUAUCUCUCUCUCUCUCCCUUUCCAAGAUGACUUCUGGGUCACCCCUCUGGUGAGCAUAAAGUCAAAAUCAUUACCGACUCCCCCAAGUAAUCUUAGUUUGACCUUUGCUUUGCGUGAUGAUCUCUACAUAGGAGUAGUUUUACGUAGAGUGUCUUUUUGAUCCCUCGGCUGGGAUGGUGAGUCUGAUUCUGGCCUUGUAAAUUUGUUGGGAGUAGCGUUUGAGUGCCCGGUGUGUAUCUAUUUUUUUGA